GCUUGUAGCUUUGGGCAGACACAAAGCACAACAAAACCAUCAUUCCACGAGCAGAUCGACAGGACUGGGAAGGCAAGAGCUUCGCUCGACAAGUUUAGGACCAACCAACCAACGAUGAAGAGCAGCACGCUGGUGGCGAUCCUAGUCCUCCAGACCGUCAUGGUCAUGGGAAUCCUCUCACAGGCCGCCGCCAAAGAUAAUUUCCCCAAGUGCUGCGACAACUGCAACUCCUGGUCGGGGUACCAGUUCUGUGACGACGUCGGCCCCAGGUGCCGCCGCGGCUGCGCCAACUGCCAGGUGGUGCAGACGAGCCCCGUGAAGACGAUCCGGUGCGGAGAUGGACGCCCCGUCUUCGACGGGCGCGACACGCCCACGCCCUGCCCGCCGCCGUGCAAAAAGCACUGAUCGCUCCAGCUCCCGCAGACACUGAUGAGAUCGAUGUUGCGCCCAAAACAUAAAAUAAAAAGGCUCCGAUGAGAUGAGAUGAGCAGAGCCAUGCCCAGCCUUCUCUUUCCUUUGAGAGAUAAUAAUAAUAUAGUUGAUGUUGCUUUUUAAAUAAAUAAAUAAACACGGGUAUCAGUUUAUAUAUGCGUCUCUGCUUAA